CUUUUAGACUGAAAUGCGGCGCUUUUGCUAGCAAACCUGGACCACUGUGACUAGCAUCAGUGUACAUGUGACUUUUUCCAGGUUAUGCCGUACUCAUGGACUUCAGUGUUUCGAUCGAGAUGAACCCUGAGGUUCGGUGCAAGCCCGAAGGCUUUUGGUGUGCGCUUGAUGUUUGGAUAAGGAAGCCUCAUGUAGUGAAUAAGCGGCUGUGUGGAGUGACAGAGACUGAAUACAAGUCUGUGAGGUUUGAAGAUCUCGAGUUGUGUCUCUGCAGCUUCCCCGGCAUCACUGUGCACGAUUUAGCGCAAAUCUCCCCUCUCCUAAAGGCGCACACAGCGGCCAGUGGCCCCCACCCCGAGCCAUCCUGGAGUGUAGGAGGGAGGACAAUCAUCCCUAAAGCAGGUCUGCAGGGCAACGGACUAAAGCUGUUCAAGGAGAUUGUUGUAAAAAAUCUGAUUGGACAUACAGUGACAUUUCUGCCAGUUGAAGAAACUAGUGAAGGCCACUGCAUUCUGAAGGAAAGUAAUAUCUAUCAGAUCCAACUACACCAAAAGACUGAUGAUUGGAUACUGUCUUUGAAUCCUUUUAAACCUGAUCAGUGGUAUAGUGAUGGUGUGGCUUUCCCCAAACUCACCUGGCUGACUUCAGAGCUUCUUCCUAAACUAGCAAAGUGGGCAACAGAGAGCAAAACCACAGAGUUCAAGAGUACUCUGUCUCUCCUUCCUGUCGAGAAGUACAGCAUCCUUUACCAGCAGUUGAAAAACAAGUACAAAGCGAUUGUCAAGGUCUGGCCUGAGGUAACUGAUCCAGAGAAAUUUGUCUUUGAAGAUGUUGCCAUUGCUACAUAUCUUAUAGUUUUAUGGGGUGAGGAGCGAGUUAAAAAAGGAAUAACAUCGAAACAAUCUUUUGUGGAUCUCGGUUGUGGAAAUGGCCUGCUUGUUCACAUAUUAAACAAUGAAGGGCAUCCUGGUAAGGGAAUUGACAUUCGGAAGAGAAAGAUUUGGGACAUGUAUGGACCCAGUACACACUUGGAGGAAACGGCUAUCACACCCAGUGCCGCGUUCCUUUUCCCUGAGACUGACUGGCUGAUUGGAAACCACUCAGAUGAGCUCACGCCAUGGAUCCCCGUUAUAGCAGCCAGAUCAUCCUAUUUUUGCCGAUACUUCGUGCUCCCUUGCUGCUUCUUUGACUUCUGUGGGAAGUACCAGCGCCGGCAGUGCAAAAAGUCUCAGUACAGGGAGUAUAUAGACUUUAUCAAUGAGGUCAGCAUAGCAUGUGGCUUCCAAACAGAUGAAGAUUGUCUAAGGAUUCCCUCCACCAAGCGGGUCUGCUUAAUUGGGAUGAGUAGGAGUUAUGAGCAAGCUGAGGAAGAGUUAGCAGAAGUGAAAAGAACACACUACAUUAGUGGACGGCAGGCCUUCAUCAGCAACGUGACAGUUAUUACUCAGAAAGAACACAGUGGACCUCAUCAUGAAGACCGACAGAAAGCCCAAGGAUGUGAAUGGGGAAAUGGCUUCCAGCCGAGGGAAAAGAUUGAGACAGUCAGAAACUGUGCUGCUCUUCCUAGAGACUUUGUAGAUGGUGUUGUCCUGAAGGUGGCGAAGGCCUUGCUGGGACUCACUGGAAAGAAAAUAGAGGAGAAGGAAACUGACAAGAUUGGAAAGGAGCAUAUUAGGUGGAAUGCCGGAGGCUCUCUCUCUGUCCGUGAGGUAGCUGAGCUCCUGAGCCAGUCCACAUUGCAGACACUGAAGAAAGAGUGCGGAGGACUACAGACUCUGCUGAAAAACAACCAUCAAGUGUUCCGAGUGGUAGGUGGACAGGUUCACAUUCGUGACUGGCGCACUCGUAGCACCCAGACUGACCCGAAGCGCAAAUCCCAAAUCUCAGCAGCUUUAAAAACAAGACUCUGCUGGUUCCACACUCACCACCCUGAUGGAUGCCCGCUGUCCAACAAAGACUGCGUUUUUGCCCAUGGGGCUGAUGACCUCUGCCCUUCCACACGCCCCCUGAAAAAGCACAGGACCUACACAGAAUCAUGAUCAAUGUGAACUUUUUUAUGUUUAUAUGUAAAUUUGAAGAUCUAUUAAGACUCGCAUUGUGAUUUAGCUUGCUUUUUUUUUUUUUUAACCCUUUCAACUGAGGAUUAAACUAGAAUUCAGAGCUAAA